AUACAAUCGACACAACCGUUAACAGUAACAGGAAGUUGUGUAUCUGCUCCACCACCAACCGAUAUCUUGAAUUUCAACGUCUCUGUGAGAAAACAACAAACCAAAUCAAUCGAAUUGCGCAAUCCAACUGAGGACGUUUGGGCUAUUUCUCCUCUCUUUAGUGGAGAUUUCUUCCGUGGCAGUAAGCAGAUUCUCAUAGAUCCGUAUGACAGCAUGUCUUACGAUAUCAUAUAUGAGCCACUCACAAUGACAAGCGAGCAGAAAAAGCAUGAGGGAACUGUAUUUUUUCCGUUCCUUGACGGCUCCUGUAAAUUGUACCAAUUGAUUGGAUCGGCUGGAAAGCCUGAAGCAGAAUCAUCGUUGGAAUGAACAUACCUUGCAAAACAAAUACUGUUAAAUCUCUACUUUUGAAAAAUUGGCUGCCAUUUUUACAAAGUUUCAGAAAGGAAAUCAAACUUGUUAAAAGCUCAAUUGCUGAGCCAAUUUGCACAAUGGAUAGUAAUCCACUGACCGAAGUUGGAAGUUUGCAGAAAAGACCUUACACUAUGAACAUAUUUUGUUACCAGGAAUGUUCUGUCCAAUAUGAAAUUGCCUUUCAUAACGAUACGUCAUCAGAAUACAUUUGGUAUUCAGUUUCGAUAAGAUUCGAGCCUUGUCCUGUUCUUGAGAGGUUCUCACUCACAACAAAGGUGCGACAGGACGUCUACUUAGAAAUAACUCUUGUCAGGAAACUUCCAAGUUCUGCGUCCUUUCGUUUAGCGGAAGCGAUUGAUUCUAUCCAUACAGAACCUGUAAGCUUCAAUGCUGGUGAUGAGGCCAGAAUAGCUGUGAGGUACUUUCCACUUUUUAUCGAGAACGAAAGAAUCUGUACUCUGAAAAUUCAUAGUCCUGAACUUGGAGAAUUCGUCUAUUCGUUGAUUUUGUCAGCAAACGAACCAUUAUCUGAGGAAGCUGUUACUAUCACAACAGAAAUCGGUAGCUCUGUUAGAUUGUCUUUGCCUGUGAUGAACCAUUCCAAUGAAACUUGCAAUUUCAGCUACAAGAACUCACAUCCAUAUUUCAAAUGUGAGAAAGAUGUUGUUGCUAAACCGGGUCAAAAAGUGCACCUGCAAUUGGAGUUUGAGCCUGAGUGUAUUGGAAAAAUUAAGACCCAACUCGAAGUCAGCUCUAAAUCGGCAGGCAUUUUCAGGUUCCCUGUGACUGCUUACUGUACCAAACCUGCUCCCAAAGGGCCGCUAUUUAUAAGUUCUAACAAAAACACACUAGUGCUUGUAAAAAAUGUUUUUGGUUCCCGUCAAGCAUUCACAUGGACUAUUGACAAUGAGAACUUCAUUGUUCGGACCUCAAAACAAAAUAUCAAACCAAGUGAGCAUCUCGAAUUAGCGAUUGGUUUGAAGAUUCAAAAUGAGCAAACUGUGAAAAAUAUUCAUCCACAAAUACCUAUUACUGGAAAACUUGUUAUCAGUUGUGAAGAACUUGGUAUUGACUGGAUUUUCUACUUGAGAAACGGCAAUGAAGAAUAAAUUGACUAUUACAAAGACAAACGAAUAAAUAAGAAGUGCUUUUUACUUGAAAUUGUAAAUUAUAUUCUGUGAACACUGUCUGGUGGAUAAUAACUUUUUUCGAUUGUCAAGGAUGUUACGCGCAAUUAAGAAAUUGCAAGGAUAUUAUUUAGUUGUCUGUUGACAUAAAAUUAAAUAAAAAUAUCUUGUU